AUGAAGACAAACCAAAGUCACAUACCUGCCUAGUUUUCUCCCAAGCCUGUUCCUCGCUGAGGGUGGUUUUACUUUCUUCUUUUUAUUCCAUCUUGCAUUCCCCGCCUCCGCGGAUCUCACUCAUCAUGUCCGAGACAUUUCAGGAACUGGCCGAUAUCCCCAAGGAUUUCGUCAAGGAUGGCAUGCUCUUCGUUAACCGGUGCACGAAGCCCGACAAGCGCGAGUUUCUUAAGAUCAGCCAGGCUGUCGGAUUUGGUUUCCUCAUUAUGGGAGCCAUAGGAUACUUCAUCAAAUUAAUACAUAUUCCCGUCAAUAAUAUCCUAGUAGGAGGCGCAUAAUGUAGGGCGCAGCAAGCGCUGGUUUGGGACGGCUGUGAAGUGGAGAGAUGAAUGCCUCAGAGCGAUCAGGACGAAGUCUGCAGAACCGCAUAACCUUUCCUGCUAGCAUAUUCACUGCAGAACAUAAUUUUGCAAGUCGUGAAUUUGGGAGUCGGCGCCUAAGGGGGGCACUUGAAUAGAGGAAACUCAAGGUUCUUUUGUUGCAGUACUUUAUUGUACUGCCCAACCGGAGAUGUCCUUUGGCUCUUUUUUUUCCCUUACUUUAUGGGGCUUAGUAUUUUGCGUGUACUAUACCAUUGUAUAUGAUUGGUUCUAUCAUUUUCUUGCACUGUUUUAUUUCUUGAUCUGGCUCUAUCUACGGUAUCAUCGCAGGGGGCCAAAUCCGGGGGGAAACACCGUGAACGUUAUAUACAAUUUUGAAAAGUAUAUUGCGCGAUAUAUGAUCGGGGAUUCCUGUCGCGUUACCAAA